AUCCUGAAUGUGUGGAGGCCAAUUCAGCCGGUUUCUGACAAUCCUCUUGGUUUAUGUGAAUGGAGCUCACUUUCUCCACCAGAUGAUACUCUAGAGUAUGGAGUCGAACCAACAACUGCAAGCAAUUCAAUUCAGCCGUGGAAGUAUAAAGAAGGCCAAAAAUGGUGGUACUUGAGUAAUAUGAGGCCUGAUGAAGCUUAUGUAUUUAUGCAACAUGAUAACACAGCAAAGAAUGGGCAUGGGAUCAAUGUUCCACAUGCUUCAUUUAAAAUGGUAACAGAUGACCCCAAUAUAUCUCAAAGAAGCAGUGUAGAGUGUAGGGUAAUGGCAUUUUUUGAACCUCUACCU